GGAGGCCUCUCCGUCAUUUGUGACCACAAUAUUCCACCAGUUCAGCGCUGCACUACAAUUUUUUACUCUGUUCUGCUAGCGCUCUUCGUCGGCGUGCAGGAACAUCGAGCAGCCUGGAGGGCUAGCUUAUCAUGUUGUUCACAUCCGCAUCAUUACCUCUCCACCAUGACCGGGAACAUUCAAGUUUAUCCCGGAGGGUCGGUUUUGAACAGGAGGAUCCUUCAGUCUGGACGAAAAUUCGGGAGUCCAUCGGAAAACUUGCAUAUAUCGCCAUUCAUGCUCCUACUGGUUCACCCUCCGAUGGAUUGGGUGGCGAUGGAACAGAAAGCACUACUUCAACCUCUGCAUUCAUAGCUGCGCAGAAGCAGAUAUCGGCUGAAAAGGACGGAGAGGAUUGGAGAGUCGACGAGGUCGUCGUAACUGGUGAAGAUGUUGACCGGUGGAAGCGGCUUGGCAGUGAAAAGGACACAACUACAGGCGGCACUCCUGGGCAAUCUGACAGCGGAUCUAUUCGAAAUAAUAGGACCAGAAAUAGCCCUUCGAGUCAAGGUGGAAACGUUUACCAGCCUCCGAGCUUGAGGACAAAGGCAAAGCACAUUUGGUCUUUCGUGGAGAACUUUUUCAACCCGACAUUCGAAGACGAACAUGCCGAGGCAGACUUCAAAAAGCAGAACUGGUAUUCUACAAAGGCAAUCGCGUUCUACGCUUCUCUUUAUCUGGUCCUUAACUGGGUGCUCUAUUUAGCACUCAAUAAGGAGAGCACAGAAAGGACAGUCUAUGCUCAAUGUUUUUAUUACGGUGGUCUAACAUUGCUCACGGUGCCUCUCCCGUUCCUCAUAGCUGCAGACGUGCCGUUAAGAUACCCAGUUCAAUUCCAAGUCUGGUUCACUUUCGCGGUUUGGUGGUGUGGAGUCACAGAACUAAUUCAGAUGAAAUUGUGUGAUUUUUUUGGCGGAGCUCCCAAUACUUGUUUUAGGAAGGAUUUUUUGGCGAUGAUGUACUACAUUACAGCCGUCCCGGCCAUGAUGAUGUUCGUGAUUCCGCACCGACUCCCCUCAUUCAUUAUGAUGGUCGCAGUCUUGAUUCUUAUAUCAACUUGCAUCAUGCCCGAAGAAGGACUUUUCGCUCGGAAUCUUAUCAGCUACAUCCUCUUUUCGACCUUUCUGCAAGUCUUGCAUUACAACAAAGAUAUUACGGAACGCAGGCUUUAUCUUCUCAAUAACCAACUCAAAGUUGCUUACAAGGCUCAGCAAAAAGCUCAGAUGGCACAAUCGCGAGCAAGCCAGGCCAAACGUCGAUUCGCGAGCUACAUUUUCCACGAAGUGCGGGUUCCGUUGAAUAAUGCUGCCAUCGCAUUCCAUAACUUGACGACAAACAAUGCAUUCUCUGAUCGCGUUUUCAAGCCCCAUGCAGAGGAUGUUAUCGCGCUCGAAGUGAGCCUUGCCACAGUACAACAAGUCUUGAACGACUCGUUGGACCUCGAAAAAAUGGAUGCAGGCCACUUUGAUAUCAACCCACAUCCUUUCCCACUCCACAGCGUUAUUCGCUCGACACUUGCACCCCUUAUAGUUUCUGCAGCAGCGAAGAAGUUAGACUUGAGGAUUAGUCUGGACGAACGAAUUGAUAAACUUGCGUAUCGAAUGAACGUCGAAGAAAAUGGACACAAGGAUUGGCAUGGAGAAAAGGAUUCCAAUCGCCAAUCUCGCUCUUUGGAUAGUCCCUUACCGAGCUAUAGCACGCCGCCCUCGCCCAAUUCAAAUCGGUCAAGGCCAUUUGAAGCAACAGAUUAUGCUGGUGGGGUCCAGAAGAUGGAAAGGACGCGUUCUUCAUCAUCAAUGCAUUCACCAAAAGCACGACCUGCGAACUUCAAAUAUCCUCGACCUGAACCAUACAUAUCCUCAGGGCAGAACUUUCUAGCAGGCUCGGAUUCGCGGGGAGCGGGAGAACUGUGGGUUGUUGGGGAUGAGGUACGCCUUCGACAGGUAUUGACGAACCUGGUGUCGAACGCAGUCAAGUUCACGCCGGACGGUGCUGGGGACGGUAUCACGUUCAGUACUUCGCUGGUUGCGUCUGUUCCUGCUUCUAUGUCGAACGACGCAAACGACGGGAACUUGGACAUGCCUGAGGAAAAGGAAAUAUCGGUAUCGAGAGAGGGAAGAGCUUCAAGGGAAGGUCGUGAGAAGGAUGGGAAAUCAGGGCUCUCGCAAGACAUCCUAGUAUUGCGGAUGGAGAUUGUUGAUAGUGGGCCUGGGAUUAAACCAUCGGAGCUCGUUGACAACCAGCUGUUCCAGCCUUUCGCUCAGACUAGAGUGGGGAAACUGAGUAAAAAUAGUACAGGUCUUGGUCUGGCGAUAGUUCGUCAGAUAGUCAGUCUAAGUGGAGGCAAAUUGGGUGUUCAAUCUCAGAGAGGAAGGGGAGCUACAUUUUGGGUUGAGCUCUCCUACCCGAUCGCGAGAAUGCAAGAUGUCGAGGAGGGGCUGAAGUCCUGCCCCUCUCCGUCCUCCUUCCCCCGAGCCAUUACCGCCGAUAACACCUACCAUUGGCCGACGGGAACAUUCUCAGAAGAUUUGAAGAAUCCCAUGCUUGCAGGUGGUACAGAAAUACCUUUACAACCACCGCCCGCAUUCACUCCACUGACCGAAAUUUCUGAAACGACAGUCGUUAAUCCAUAUGACGCCGUGAAAUCCUGUCCUCCCGAACAGCUUACUGCGAGUGCUACCAUAACGCCUCAAAACGGGAUUGAUAUCCAUGACUCCCCACUCGGGACCGAAAGUAACGAAAGACUCUUAGUUCUAGUCGUGGAUGACGAUGCUAUAACCCGGAAAAUGAUGUCCCGGUGGUUAUCGCUGAGAGGGUGUGUGGUGCAUACGGCUAAAGAUGGGAUGGAGUGUCUCGAGAUAUUACUGUCACCUGAAGCACCAAACUAUGACUUCGUUUCCCUGGACAACUUCAUGCCUGGUAUGACAGGAGAGGAAGCUGUCAAGGAGAUUAGAAACGCGGGGAGGGAUGACAUCUUUGUUGUUGGUUGCACAGGGAAUGCUCUAACCGAUGACCAAAAGAGCUACUUGGCUGCUGGUGCGAACCGCGUCUUGACAAAACCUAUCGAUUUCAAGAUGAUGGAACAGAUAUUACAAAGUGCAAGAAGAAGACGAGUGGAACGUAAUGGAAACUCUGAUAUCUACUAAUUGCCUUGGCUCCUAAUUGUUUUGGUUCAUCGUUCUUGAUUUGCAUUGUUCUCGUUUCACGUUUUAGAGGUUCUACCUAAUAUGCUUAUUCACGGGUCGCGGGAGUUGUGUUUGUACUCGGUUUCAUGGUCUAUAUAUCUACGCACGUGUAACAUAUCCAUAUCUACGGCUACCCAUAGUGCUUUCAAGCAAAAUUCACGCAUGCUGUUGGUACAUAA